UUCGUAGGCAUAGCCAUCAAUCUGUCGUGUAAGGAGAAUCAUUACACAGUGCUGUUAUGAAGGCCACCAUGUGGUUCUUGGGCAUUCUUGUGCUAAAUAUCGUGUUACCACUGUGUCUGGGGAAAGAAUCUACUGCAGCAGGUGGGGUGAUUGAUUCUACCUGGACAGACUUCUGGUUUGUGCGACUAUGUCUCAACAUCCUAGGAUAUGCAACCAUCUUUGUGCCUGGUGCGAUACUGAUAAAAUAUUUCAGGGAUAAACGCUAUAAUGAAACAGCAGGUCCAAGCCUGCUGUCACAGAUUGUCAAGAACUGUGUAUUUGGUAAAGAAACAGAGAAGGGCCUUUUAGAACAAGGUGGGCCAUCUAAAACAGGUGGUAGCAAUGAAGACCAAAUGAGUCAGUGGCAAAGAGGUGCCACACUUUUGUUUUGUGUGGCAGGCCUGCAAGGAGCAUACCUCACAUGGGGUGUCAUACAAGAGAGAAUCAUGACAUUUGAAUAUGGAAAAACUGACACAGAGCCAGGAGAGUUUUUCAAAAAUUCUCAAUUUUUAGUGUUUAUCAACAGAAUUUUGGCACUAGCUAUUGGAAGUAUCGUGUUAGUUGUGAAAGCUCAACCUCCGCACAACGCUCCAUUGUUUAAGUACUCCUUCAGUUCUUUCUCCAAUAUAAUGAGUAGCUGGUUCCAAUAUGAGGCUCUCAAAUUUGUCAGCUUCCCUACCCAGGUUCUUGCUAAAGCUUCUAAGGUAAUACCCGUCAUGCUGAUGGGUAAAGUUGUAUCCCGCAAAACCUACGACUACCAUGAAUACAUUACGGCAUUGAUGAUAUCAGCUGGUAUUAGCAUGUUCCUAUUAAGCAGUGGUGACGUUACGCGACAUAAAGGAAGUGUUACCACAAUGUCGGGAGUCAUACUCUUGGCAGGGUACAUUCUCUUUGAUAGCUUCACAUCAAAUUGGCAGGGUGAAUUAUUUAGAAGAUACAAGAUGUCCCCCAUCCAGAUGAUGACAGGUGUGAAUUUAUUUUCUUGUAUACUUACUGCAGUCUCUCUGCUGGAACAAGGUGGAUUUUUUGAUUCAAUAGCAUUUAUGGGUCGUAAUCCUGCCUUUGUAUUUCAUGCUGUCAUCUUAAGUCUCUGCUCUGCUUUUGGACAGUUGUUUAUAUUUUUCACUCUCUCAAGGUUUGGACCAGUGACAUUUACUAUCAUUAUGACAAUUCGCCAAGGAAUAGCCAUUUUGUUGUCUUGUAUAAUAUAUGGUCAUCCAGUGACUAUGAUUGGCUUUUUCGGAAUAAUGGUGGUUUUCUUUGCUCUGUUUCUUAAGAUCUAUGCAGGCCACAGGAAGAGGAAAAUUCAGCUUGCUACUCAACAGAGCAAUAACAGUGUGUCUAAAGUUUGA